AGGCAAGUGGCAGAGAGGCUCGUACACCGAGAGAGAACGGUGGACUCCAUUGCUGUCCCGAGUACGUUUCUCGUCGGCCGUGUCGUAUUGCGUGUCUGUCCGCGCUUUCGUGCACACGAGUUUUCUUUCCCUCCACGUUCGUCCGGGUAAUUGUGAACAGUAUCCUUUUGUGUCCAGUGCUCAAGCGAUAUUUCGAAUCUCCGUGCUUACCCGAGACGUAAAAACGAGCCAAAAUGGCUGAUCAACUCACAGAAGAACAAAUUGCAGAAUUCAAGGAAGCAUUCUCGCUAUUUGACAAAGAUGGAGAUGGUACCAUUACAACCAAAGAGUUGGGUACAGUUAUGCGAUCGCUAGGUCAAAAUCCUACAGAAGCUGAGCUUCAGGAUAUGAUUAAUGAAGUGGAUGCAGAUGGUAAUGGCACAAUCGAUUUUCCGGAGUUCUUAACCAUGAUGGCUCGCAAAAUGAAGGACACUGACAGUGAGGAGGAAAUUAGGGAGGCCUUCAGAGUAUUUGAUAAGGAUGGAAAUGGUUUCAUAUCUGCAGCGGAACUCAGACAUGUUAUGACAAAUCUUGGAGAGAAACUAACUGAUGAGGAAGUAGAUGAAAUGAUUCGGGAGGCUGACAUUGAUGGUGAUGGCCAAGUUAAUUAUGAAGAAUUCGUCACAAUGAUGACAUCAAAGUGAAUGCAACCUGUGUAAUGGAAAAACUUGCAACUCGGAGUGGUGUUGACGUACUAAAAUAAAUCAAGAAACAAAGAAAAAAAUAAUGUUAACAAAACGCGAAUCGACCAGAAAGUGAAAAAAUCUUGUAUCUGGACGCAAUGAUGUCUAUAAAAAUGCGAAAAGUCUACGUCCAACACGCGUUAAUCAUCAUUAACGAUAAGUAACUCGGGCAAUUGUUUAAUUAAAAAAAAGUUAUACCACUAAAAAUCAUUAUCUUUAAAUACACAAAAUACUUAGUCACACAUACACAUACAACAUGGACAUAAAAGUACAUAAUACACGCGCACAUACACGGAUACAAAAAAAUGAAAAUAUACAACAUACACGUAUAUACAAGAAAAAUUUAUUUCCGUAUAAAAGAGUAUAAUUAAAAAAUCGUUAGAUAGAUAUAUGUGUAAAAACAAAACAGAUGCGCGCAUAUGUUGAUGAUAAAACUAAAAUAAGUAUGUUCUCUUACUUUCCUCUCUUUUUGGCCUUUUCCUGUUUCUUCUAUACAAGUUCUUACAAAGUUUCUUUAGGGAUUCUACGACUUUUCGAUGUAGUAAGAAAAAAUAAACUUUUUCUCGAUGGGCAGGAGAGAGAGGAAAAGUAUGCGAAGAAAGAAAGGAACUACAAUUACUGUAGCGCAUCAUGUAAACUUGUUUAAUGAUUGAAAUAUUUAAACCCGAAAAAUAUUAAGUCUUGCUUUGUUUCGAUCUUCUAGUAUGGAAAUGUACUUGAUGCUCCAUCUUCGAUACAGCUUAUGUCGUAACAAAAGACUUUAUCAGUAACUUCGUGGUUAGCGUUUGUAUCGUUUCACCGAAGAAAAUUCGGACUGGGCAUAGUUUUCCAGCGUUCAAAAAGACAACAGGAACUUCGACCUUUAGCUUUUAUCGAUGAUUCUGUGCACACUGGAUUUCUUGUUGCGCCAUUAGCGGGAUGAUCUAAUUUGUUCAAUAAUUAAACAAAAAUUAUCGCAGAAAAAGUGUAUGGGGAUAAAAAUUAAAAAAAGAAAAAAAAACACCGAAAAUGAAGAACCUUCGAGAAGUUUGUUGAAGCGUAAUUUUACUCUUGGACCUACGUUCCACGAAUUGAGCCCUAUUGGCGUCUUAACAUUCUUAGUAAUAAACUUCAUUCUCUAUGCUUUUUCGACAUUACUAUAUGUCCUAUGUAUGUAUAUGUGUAUACGUGUGUAAUAGGUAUGUAUAUAUACGUAUAUAGAACAUAUAAUACGCAUUCUACACACAGAAAAACAAACACUCACACAAAACAUACAUUUCACCAAGUGCGUUCUGCAACCCAGUUUUCAUUCUAAUCUCUCGUUUGUAUCUUCUCUCCAUCAAAAAGCCUUAAAAUAACGCGCGCGCGUAUACAUGCAACGUCGACACCACUUUUGUUGAAAUAUUUUAAAAAAUUGAAACAACGGAGAAAUAGGGAUGAGGGAUUAAAAUGGCAUUCAAGUCACAAUGAUCGGUGCAUUAUAUUUUCCUUCGCCCAGGGGUGCGUGCCAGUCGUCUCGUAAGCAGAGAAACUAGAACAAGAGAAACUGGUGUGAUUUUGUGCGAUUCGUACGAUAAUGUUACUUAAGAACUAAGAGUAAUGAACAGACACCGGACGGUGAAAACACAAGCGUGUGUCGUCGGUGGUUCAGUCAUAAUAUAUAUGUAAUAUAUAUUAUAUUCAUAUAUUUAUAUAUAUAUGUAUAUGUAUAUUUAUAUAUAUGCAUAUAUAUGUAUAUAUUUAUAUAAAUAUAUAUAAAACUAAUUUACGAAAAAAAGGAAGAAAAGAAAAAAGAAACAAUUCCUCCACAGUCCUUUAUUAUUUAAUAUUGAAGUGAACAAAAUGAGAAGUACUUGUAUUUCUGGUGACCUAGAUUGCAUUGAUCAUAAAAAGACAAAAUAAAUGUAUCUUCAUUUUUAGGUCACAACUACUCAAUUCGUUUCCUUCAUUCACCAAUGGACCUCUCGUUUCAGCCGUUUUUAUCUCAUCAUCAUUUUUCAAUAGCAUAUCUAGGAAAUUGUUUGCCGAACAGGAUGUAUGUAUGAGUUAUUUACUGUCAAAAAAAGAUUCGCGUCAACAUAUCCUUCUCAAAAUUUUAUUCGAUUCGAAGAUUCUCGCCAAUGAUUUAGUGGUAUACAAAUCACAAGAAAAAAUUUGAGAGAGCAAUGAGAUCUUAAACAAUUUUAUUUCACUUGCGAUCCUUCUGAUAGCUGUUUAUCGUUGUUGCGAAAAGAAAAAUUAAAACUAACGAUCCACAGCGAAAGUGUUCUCACUUUGUAAAAAAAAAAAAAAAGAAAAGGAAGAAUAAUCGCGAAGAAGUUCUUUUGUAAAUGGUGAUAUAGAGUUCAUUCGAGCAACAUCCCUAUAUUUAAAUGCUUACAGUUAUUGCUCGUUUCAUCGAUCAUUGACAGUUAGUGUUUAAGUCUAAGUUAUAAAGAAUAUAUUCCAGUAUUUAAUAUUAAUUUUAUAUUCGUGUCGCCAAUUAUACAUACUCUACACUAAUUUUUUCGUAUUUAAAAAAAGAAUAAAGUAUAAUUUUACGAGAGUCCCUCACUCAAGCGUUAAGAGCCGAUAUUAAAGUUUAAAAGAAGAGGAAUAUAUGAAAAAUCGGUAUUGUGUCUCAAGAGUAAACAUAGCUUGAGAUCAGUUGUAAAAACGAUCGCAUUCUAGUUUUUACUAAAAAUCGUUUCUUGAAAUAUUCAUUCGUUACAAAUAAAUAGUUGGAAAUUCUAUUCAAGUCACUUGUUCUCAAUCCUUCCUUCAUAAAUAUACAUAAAAUAUAUUAAAUGCGAUAUCUAUGAAACUACGUCGUGACGCGAAUAAGAAAUUAUUUAUUUUUUAUGGUUACUCAUUCGGUUUAAAGAGGUAUUUCUCUCUAUACGUUUUUUUUCUCUUGUAUCUACAAUGUGUAUGUUCAUUAUUUCUAUUGUAUGUGAGAUAUUCUCUGCCAUAUCAAAGGCAUAUUUCACUUAUCGUGCGUGACGAAGCGAUACAGUUUGUAUAAAGUGUUGAUAUUAAGUUAAUAAAUUGUUCCCAUAUAUUAAACAA